AUGAUUGGGGAUCCUUCUGUUUUGAAUAAAAUUACAACUCGGUUAAGUCGAGAAAGAACACCAAGAAGAUCUUCCUCAGUCGUUCGUAGAAAUUCAACAAAUAUUGAUUAUGGAUAUAUCGAAACAAGUACUGGGGAAUUAGUUAGACUUGUCCAAGAAACCAAAGAUGAGUCUUAUUUAGGCCCUGGUGCUUAUAACCCAUACCCUGAUAAACCAUCCGGAAGACAAACAUCAAUAUCUCGAAAUUGUAUAAGAUCACCACUCGUUACAGAUCCAUUUCCAUCAAGUCCUGCUUCUUAUCCGUAUAAACCAUCAGAAACAAGAUUAAAACAUACAUUACAUGUUACCGAAGAUUAUCCACUCGAUCCUACGCCAUUAAGUGGCGAACUUUCACACGAGGAAUGGACUAAUAGAAAAAAGCCUAUUUUACCAAAACAACGCUGCCCUAAUAUCGAUUUCCAACCAGUAGAGGGUAGUUCAGAAUUUGAAUCAAAAACAGGCAAAGAACUAUGGAUUCAAGAAACAACAUUCCAUGCUCCUUCACCAGUCAUGCAUACACCAGAUCUACGAUUUUCAACUGAACAAGCGGAAAAAUCAGGAAUUUUUCUUUCAGGAACCGAACGAUUCAAAGUCAUCGAUCCUGUAUCUCCUCCAUCCACUACUUAUACAAUGCCUGAGAUUUUCGGGAUAUCAAAUGCGAAGAAGAUUUAUCCUCCUUCAAAAAAGAUCGAUCGAUCAUUAUUUGAUAAUUAUCACGUUCCAGAUCCCGGCGUUUAUGGACCACCUGUUGUUGAAUAUGUGAAAACUAAAAAGAACUCAAUGUCAAUAGUGCCAAGAUUUCCAGAUAUUGAGUUAACUCCUGGUCCUUGUGAUUACCGGCCAAAACAAGCAAAUUCAAGGCCAUCAACUUCAAUUCAAGAAGUUAGAAAUCAUAGGGAUGAAUGGAUAAAGAAAACAGCCUCUCCUAAUUUAAUUAGUUAUGUUGGUGUAGAAACCAAAACUAAAAAUGGAAGUUAUAUUGCCAGGGCAGGCAGGAAAGGCUUAGAACAAAAACUUGAAGACCACCCCUAUGAAUUUAGAACAAUGCAUUCGAGUUUCAUUAAACCAUCAUUCAAUUCACACUAUUCCAAUGUUAAAGCUAAGCAGAAAAAGCGGAAAUAA